CCUUAAGUGCCAGACUUCCUGUCUUUCUUUCCUUCUGUCUUUCCUUUUUCUUUCUUUCUUUCACCCUCACUUGACCCAUAUUCCUUCCUUUGGAAUCCAAUUUGUCUCUCUCUUCUCUCAUCCUUCUUUCCCUCCCCCUUCUUCUCUUGAAGUAAUGAGAUUGCUACUGAGCUUGAGUUUUAGGGGCCUGUACACAUGCACACACACACACACACACACACACACACAUAUUAGAAGACAAGCUCUGUCUGCCCCUGAGUUACAGCACUGCCACACCUACAGCUAUCUUUAAUCUCCCUCUCUAGACAAGAGGUUGCAGGGUGGACAAAUUAGAGAGGGAGGCAGAAGAGGCAAUGAAAAGCAUCAUUAAAAUAACACAAACUGGAGAGGUUUGGACUGGAGACAAGGAACGCUGAAGGACUGCGACAGACUGAAGAAAAAAAAAAAAAACAAGGAAAAGAAACAAAAAUACAAUGGCUUAAAAAAAGAAAGGAGAGGAGAAACGCUCGGGUACAUUUCUUCCCUUGGUGGAGUCGCAGAGUUUCAAGUCCCCUUUCCCACAGAGGGCUGUCACGCUUUCCCACCCUCUUCUUUCAUCAUGGUGGAUCUGUUCCUUGACCGAGUUCUGGUGAGGAACAACUGGGACCAGGAUGAACUCAACACAGAACGUGAAAUCAUCGGGAUUCUUGAGAACCGCAUCCUGAUGCUGUUCUUUGCAUCUGCUGAGUGUGACCGAUGCCAGGAGUUUGUUCCCACCCUGAAUGAUUUCUUCAAGCGACUGAAGGAUCCAUUCUACAUUGAAAACCCAGCGCUGCUUGCCCUCAUCUACAUCAGCUUGGACGAGUCAGAGGAGCAGCAGGAAAGCUUCCUCAAAGAGCUACACAAAAAGUCUCUGUUUUUGGCCUAUGAGGACCCAUACAGGAAGGAACUGCAGGCCAUGUUCAAGGUGACGGAUGUACCGACAGUGGUGGUCCUUCGUCCUGACUGCUCUGUCCUCUCUCCAAAUGCCGUGGAAGAUAUCUGUCGUUUUGGCUGUGAUUGUUUCCGCAACUGGCAGGAAUCAGCAGAGGUCGUUGAAAGGAGCUUCAUGCUCAACGAGGAGUUUGAUAACCUAAAUUUGCGAAGUGCCACUGACCCUGUAAGACGACUCAAGUACAAGACAGAGGACGACAAGAGAAAAAAGAGAUGGUGGAAAGUAUGGGAGAAGCAGAAACCCGGAUAUGAGGAAGGAGAAGAAGAGCAAGAUGGAAGGUGGGAUGCAAAGGGCAAAGAAGGAGAAAGAGGACCGUGGAGAAAAAGAUGAAUAGACAGAGGAAAGAGAAAAAAAACAUUUCGAUUUAUAUAAGGGAUGGUCUUUCUUUUGAUCGUCUCCAGUUACUGUCUUACUGUGAUUCAUCAAGUUGGGCUCCCUGAAAUCCUAAUUACCUCCCUCUGGAUUGCUGAUCUUGCCAAGGCUAUUCUCAUCUUUCACAGAGAUGUAAUACAGAUACUUUAAAGAAAAGUAGCAUUCAUGUUUUUGUGCCUGUAUUGGCGUGUACAAUCAUGACAAAUGCCCAGCUCCUGGACUCACCUAGUGUACUUAAGGUCACACAGUAUUUUAAAGGGUGCAAGUUGAAUGUAACUGUGUUGCCAUAGUUGUUAAGAGUUCAGUUACAAAAUGUUAUAUAUGUAUAUAUCAAAAAUUAGUCAUUAUUGAUCCAGUCUUUAAAGGUAUUAUUUUGUCAACCAAUAACUAACCUUAACUAUUAUACUUGAGUAAGAGAAUUUAUUUUAAUAAUUAAUAAUGUAAUACUUUUGAAACAGCAGGUGUCAUUGUUUUCAUAUGAUAUGCAUAAAAAAAUAUUUAUCUGGAAGGGUGAACCUGCUCAUACAAACCCCAAAGUCCCAGAGGAAAAGGAUUUAGGCGCUGGCGUCUGUAACUGUGUAUAAAGGAUUUGAGUUUGGGAUUAAAACUUUCCUAUGCAUUACUGCA